ACUGUGCUGGCUAAAAAUACCAUUUCUGCCUUAAUUUUAGGGCUCUGUUCACCUAUGAAGGCAACAGCAAUGAUCUACGGGUGGCUGGCUCCGGAGAUGGGGGGCUGGAAGAGAUGGUGGAGGAGCUCAACAGUGGGAAGGUGAUGUACGGCUUCUGCCGCGUGAAGGAUCCCAACUCUGGGCUGCCCAAAUAUGUCCUUGUCAACUGGACGGGUGAAGGUGUCAAUGACGUGCGGAAAGGAGCCUGCGCCAACCACGUCAGCACCGUGGCCAACUUCCUGAAGGGGGCUCAUGUCACCAUCAAUGCCCGGGCAGAGGAGGAUGUGGAGCCUGAACUCAUCAUGGAGAAGGUGGCCAAAGCCUCUGGGGCCAACUACAGCUUCCACAAGGAGAGCAGCAAGUUCCAGGACUCAGGGCCCCAGGCUCCUGUGGGCUCUGUGUACCAGAAGACGAAUGCGAUGUCUGAAAUCAAACGGGUCAAUAAGGAUAAUUUCUGGGCCAAAGCAGAGAAGGAUGAGGAGAACCGUCGGCUGGAGGAGAAGAGGAGGGCGGAGGAGGAGCGACAGCGGCUGGAGCGGGAGCAGCGGGAGCGGGAGCUGCAGGAGGCAGCAGGGCGGGAGCAGAUGUUUAAAGCCAGAUCCAGUGAAAUUGAAGCCCAGAAGAGACUCCAGCAGCAACAGGAGGCUGAGAACAGGGACAGGGAGCAGCAGCAAUGGACCACUCCCGUGCCGCAGAAGGAGCAGGCCGAGGAGGCGCGGCAGCAGAAGGGCGUCAAGAGAAGCGAGUCGGUGGAGAAAGCCCAGGAGGCUGCCACGCUGAUCGCGCAGAGAGCCGUGAACCCCCGUGACAUCUUCAAGCAAAGGGAGAAAGCGGGGCCAGGGGAUGCGGGGAUGCCAGCACAGCCAGGGAAGCUGCGCAGCCCAUUCCUGCAGAAGGAGAUGAACUCUGUGCCCAGUCCUGCCUCCCCCAGCCGGGAUGUCUGGGGGUCCCUGCCAGCCUCCCCGCUACCUGUAGCUGGACGAGACUCUGGAUACAACUCUGGUGUCCCAGGGUCCCACAUGGAAGAGAAUCUGUAUGAGGAGCCUCCAGAGCCCUUGGCCCUCUAUGAGGAGCCACCCCAGGAACAAGUUGACAAUGCCAAAUACGACUACAGGGUGGAGUACCAGGAGGCAGCGGACCUGGCGGGGAAGGGGCUCUGUGCACGGGCACUCUAUGACUACCAGGCUGCUGAUGACACCGAGAUCUCCUUUGAUCCUGAGAACAUCAUCACCAACAUCGAGAUGAUCGAUGAGGGCUGGUGGCGCGGCUACGGCCCCGACGGCCACUUCGGGAUGUUCCCUGCCAACUACGUGGAGCUGAUAGAGUAGGGGAGCUGGUGGGGGGGCUCCAGACCCCCAAGACCACUCAGCUCCUGCCUGAUUCUUCCAAACGACACGUGGCUUUUUCUUCUUCUCUAUUUCUCUCUCUCUCUCUCAGUGAGAUGCCAUUCCCCAGCCCCUCGGCAGUGGGGACCCGCAGGCACUGCUCCCCUGUCCCCCAUAGCUGCCCUUGAGUGGGUGAAGGAAGGGUCCCAUCCCACCCUGAGCCCACAGUGCUGCUCUCCGCCCCCUCCCUUGGCUUUGGAGUGGGAAGGAGGGUGUGACAAAUCCCUCACAGGAAUUUUCAGGGAACAAAUGAUCUCCCCCCUGUGCUCCCUCCCACCCCGUGACCUUGGACCUGCCGCAGCCACGCUGGAGAAGCCACUUUCCCAAUUUUAUUUCAUCGGAAAAGCUCAUCAGAACCCUUUUGGAAUCCUGCAGGGUCUGACAUAACCAGGAGAUGUGAAUCCUGGCUCUGUUCCCCACCAUCCUGAGCACACAGAGCUCACCACUCUGUGAUCCUGUGUUUUCCUCCCCGCUGUUCCCUUCUCUCACCCCAAACAUGCUCCGGGGAUUUGAAUUGGGAGUGAAUAACCUCCCCUGCAGCGCAGAUCCAGCCUGGCCAAGCGUGUGGGACCCCCCUCCCCAGCCCCCCAAACUCACUGUGAACAAGGAAAAGCCCAGCCCAGCCCUUCCCCCAUACAGUUUCCCGCCCUGGUGUCACUUCAGGAAUAGAAGGAGAGGAAGGGUUGGGGCUUUGGGGGGUCCCAGCUCACCCACCCCUCCUUCAGGUGCUGGGGGACAUGGUGGCUUCUCUGAGUCCCUCCCCCCGGGCCCUCCCCAGCUACAAUAAAAGGGCUUUUCUUUGGUGA